AUGGACGACCCCUCAGGCUCCGGAGGGUGGCGAUUUGCCCAAUGUUUUGGCGACAAAGCCGAGGUCGAGGACAUCACUGAAGCUGAUAUCAUCUCGACCGUUGAGUUCGACUCGACUGGGAAUUACCUCGCCACAGGAGACAAGGGAGGUCGUGUUGUUCUCUUUGAGCGGAACGAAUCGAAAAAGGGCUGCGAGUACAAAUUUUACACUGAAUUUCAGUCACACGAGCCCGAGUUCGACUACCUAAAGUCGCUGGAAAUCGAAGAGAAGAUCAAUAAGAUAAAGUGGUGCAGGCGACAGAACUCGGCCCACUUUUUGCUAUCGACCAAUGACAAAACAAUAAAACUCUGGAAAGUGUUUGAGAAGUCGUUGCGUGUUGUGUCGGAAUCGAAUCACCACGAUGGACAACGACCUCUGCCACCACCAACAUCGAGUAGUCAUCUCAGACUGCCUCGCAUGACACCGCAAGACAACAUCAUCGCUGCUGUCCCUCGGAAAGUGUACCCUAACGCCCACGCUUACCACAUCCACUCCAUAUCCGUUAAUUCUGACCAGGAGACUUACAUCUCCGCAGACGAUCUUCGAGUCAACCUCUGGAACUUAAAUAUAAGCAACCAGAGCUUCAAUAUUGUCGAUAUCAAACCAGUCAACAUGGAGGAGUUGACUGAAGUCAUUACCGCCACCGAAUUUCACCCAUCGCACUGCAAUCUCUUCAUGUAUUCGAGCUCGCGAAGUAACAUCAAGCUUGCGGACAUGCGGGAGUCGGCACUAUGUGACAGGCAUGCGAAAUGUUUUGAGGAGGAAGAGGAUCCAACGACACGAUCAUUCUUCUCGGAGAUCAUUUCCUCGAUCUCCGAUGUUCGGUUCAGUCGUGACGGUCGAUAUAUUCUUUCCCGCGACUACCUCUCCCUCAAAAUUUGGGAUGUUAACAUGGAGGCACGACCAGUGAAGACCAUCCCUAUCCAUGACCAUCUUCGCGGCAAACUGUGCGACUUGUACGAAAACGACUGCAUCUUUGACAAGUUUGAAUGUCUCUGGGGUGGUGACGACAAGCACGUGCUUACGGGUUCCUACCACAACUAUUUCCGCAUCUAUGACACAGACACACUCAAUGAUGUCGUGCUGCAGGCAGACAAGUCUGCGUUUAAGACGAAGAAGAUGGGUGGUCCACUUCCGGGUAAUAAAGGAGGUGCCAAGAAUGGGAUGAAGCAGAAUGGCCUGCGGGACGCUAUGCAACUGGAGACGCUCGACUUCAAUAAGAAGAUUUUGCACGCUAGCUGGCACCCGAAGGAGAACACGAUUGCUUCAGAAACGACAGAACCGAUACCUGGUCAAACGCUGCGCUGGCAGGUAGACUUAAUGAACUCACUAUACGCUAUCGGACUGGGGCUACUUACCAUCGUUAUCCUGCCUCCCAUUUUCGCGCGAAACGUCCGACGAAGCGCGCUGUGGUUUGCGUUUCUCUCAUCUUGGAUGGUCUACUGCAUUUCCUUCCUUCUGCUUGCUGGAAAUCAGCUCGGACCCGAGCCUCCCUAUGGAAUCUGCAUGUUUCAAGCCUCGGUGAUUCACGCGGUGCCUGCUCUCGCAACAAUAUCUGGAGUCUGCUUCAUUGUCGACAUAUAUUUCUCGCUUCACUUUAGUGUUACUGGAACCCUGAGCUGGAUUCCAAAGCGACGGGCACCUUUCCUGCUAGCAAUCCCGAUUCUCGCCUUUUCGUCAAUUUUCAUCAUGGCCCUAGUAAUUGGCUUGCAAGACCACUCAACUGUCAGCCGUGAACCCAACAACAUGUUCUGUCAUAUCAAUACCGGCUUACCGACGAUAGUGAGUGCGGUCUUAAGCGGAUGGUCUCUCUUCAUUGCCUUCGGCUUCGAGAUUGCUGCUGCUGUCCUGCUUCGCCGCAGUUGGUCGAAGAGAUCUUUCCAAAAGCUACAGGACGGAGGUUCAUCGGACCCGCAGAUCUCGCUUGGGAUGGUGAUACGGGUUUUUCUGUUCAGCAUACUGACAUUACUUGCCCUAAGCCUCAGUGCAGUCAUGAUCUUCCACGUCCGACCAUCGGACUUUGGCUACAAUGUUCUGUUGCCUAUCAUGCCUUCUCUCUCAGCAAUUCUAUUUGGCUCUCAAAAGGCAGGUUUUGCAGUUCAUCAAUCUACUCGUGCCUUCACAAUUGCAGGAUAUCAUCAUGGGUUGGAGGUUCUGGAAGCACGAUACGAAGGGACCGCAAACUGGACUUAUCGGCUACGUCAAAGUCAACUUUGGCAGCGUGGAAACGCCGUCAUCUUCUCAUCUCAGUCCUCCAUGCCUCGUGGAAUUCCCAAUGCUCGGAAGGAUGAAGACGGGCUCAAGUACACUAGCUUCUCUGUUCCCGUGGCUAUCCAUCCAAAAGCUGUUUCCAAUUACCUCAAGUCCGAGUCCCAAACUAUCUGGACAAGAAACGCGCAAGCAAAAUCCAAAGCCGAUCCACCGCCAACACAGGAAUUUAGACGAGGGGCUCAAACUAUCGUAAUUCACCCGGUCACAGUGCCAAACGUUGUCGCGCGCAAAAUUUACCCGCCUUGGAGUGCACCGGCACCUCAUUUCGUACCAUGCAUUGACCGCCCCAAGUCGGGCGAUGAGAUGGUAGUUGAUGAAGGUGGACCAAAGGCUGAAGACGAGUUCUCCGAAAAAAUCCAAGAAAUUACUUCGUCCCUCCGGGAUAGGAUGCGUUUUUAUCAACUGAAAGUCACGCCGAAUGCGGACAACGUUGCUUUGACAUUUAAUAAGCAAUUUGAGCCAGAAAUCAUCGCCGAGCACAACGAUCCAUACCAGAUCGAGUGGAUUCACGAUGGUCCAGAUGUUUUGGUUGGAGAGAAGGCAUUACGACUGGCCGAACCCCAAGCAUCAGGUUAUGCUGUCCGUUGGCCCAUUCGUGGCUCGAAAUUCAACACACAACACUAUCAUGGCUCGACGCAGUCUAUUUUGUCUGAUAUCGAAACCAUCAUUCGAACCACUCUCGCAGAACAAUUCAAUGUGACCCCAGGCGACUAUCGGAACUACUCGGUCGUUCUUGUCGUUCCAGACUUAUAUGAACGCGCCUAUCUUCAUCACUUUGGGCACUUGUUGUUAGUUACGAUGGGAUUCAAACAGCUCUGUGCCCAACAAGAGUCACUUGCUGCGACAUACGGAGCUGGGCUGUCUAGCGCCUGUGUCGUGGAUGUAGGCGCCGUUAAAACGAGCGUUGCUUGUGUUGACGAGGGGCUGAUCAUCCCAGACACAAGACUGAAUUUAAACAUGGGAGGAGAUGACAUCACAGAGUUUCUGUUCGUAUUGCUCUCCCGCAUCGCAUUCCCUUAUCGUGACAUUGACUUGGCGCAAACUUACGACUGGAAUGUUAUGGAGGAUCUCAAAUCGAGACUUUGCUCGUUGUCGGAGACUGAUGUGGGCCUCAACCUAUACGACUUUAUCGUUAGGCAGCCUUCUAAGCCAACGAAAAAAUACGGUCUCCGCGCUUACGACGAGAUCAUUUUGGCACCGAUGGUGUUAUUUGAACCUCGCAUGAUUAAUUUUGAACAAAAGCGAAACAAGCAGCAUCCUAUCUCUCUUCCGGACGUCUCCGACGAAAUCGUGGACCAUCCUGCAGACCGCAUUACCUCUGCCAUGAUCAUUUCUACGCAACAUCUGAUGCCCGCCACACCAACGGCUAAGCCCCCCACCGAGAGCCAGGCCAUGGAGAUCGUCCAGGUUGACGAGGAUGGCAAAACCAUCAAGCCGACGGCGGCGCCAAAGAGUCCUGGAGAUUCAGCAAUCGACGUCGCCUUUGAAGCGAGCAAAUUACCGUUGGAUGUUGCCAUAUUUAAUAGCGCUCGUGCAGCUGGUGGCGACGAAAAGAUUCGCAAGUAUUUGCAGGCAGUCGUUGUCAUUGGGGGAGGCGCACACAUUCCUGGCAUGGCUCAUGGAUUAGAAAGCAGACUGCAAGCAAUUGCAACACCGUUGGUUCAGGACAUGGAAAAGGUUCAGAUAAUUCCGCCACCGAAGGAAGUGGAGCCUGUCGUCCUCGCAUGGAAGGGAGCUGCCGUGUUGGGAAAGAUGGAUGGGAGUUCGGAAUUCGACGGCAGCAGUACAACUUGGCCAUCCAACACAACUGAAAUUGUUGAUGCGGAAGGGAAUGUCAACUUUAUGCACUUCGUCGAACUUAGUGAGUCGCUGGCCAUAAAAUGGCGCGCAAGCGUUGGCGACGCCAUUGCCCUCCACUUUAACUAUCCGGACCACGAAAGUCAUCGACAUGUGUUGCGCCAAUUUCCAGACGGAUACCGUUGUGGGUACCGAUUUCGCUCCGUACCAGAAUUCAUUCCGCAUGCGAUCUGGCUUAUGGGAGACGAAAAAGAGGCUUGCAAAUGCAAGUAUUGCUCAAAGAAACCUCAACGCGAAAUUAGCAAGGCCAUGUCCGACAUCAUGCGCUCGGCAUCUCAAUCGCCUGGACCCUCACCUUCGCGACCACCUCGUCCAAAGCACCCACUUCCUUCUAGAACAAGAUUACCCGACCCACGGCGGGAGAUUCCGAAGGCGACAAUGCAGAAGGCUGUUCCCGAUGUUUCCCCAUACAUUCAAACUAAUGUUGUUAUGCUCACCCAGCGAAGUCAUGACAUCAGAGCAGUUACCCGAAUCGCUUCACAGGAAUCUGUCAUACCUCGAUACUUUCGGGAGGAUGAGCUUGUGUGGUAUGCCCUCGAUCCGCCCAUAAAAGGUCCAAGAGACCUCAAAAUCACCUUUUGGCCCGGAACUAUCGAGAAGUACCACCUGGGUCGGAUUCCUAUGACUCAAGGACGCGAAUCACCUCCAGAAUUCCAUGUCUAUGCUGUCCAACUUCUCGCCACUUCGAGAACUUGCGUGGCGAAUGAUACUAGAGUCCUGCCAUACCAAUCCUACAUCGUCCACGAUGACUUAUUUGUUGAAAUGAUGCGUCGUACUCCCCAACAAUGGCAAGAUCUGUUCGAACCAGCGCUUGCCAAUUUCGAUCCGUUCCCCGAAUCAUCAGCUUCGCCGCCCUCCUGGCAUGCUGUUCUGACCUCCUUUGCUGUUGCUCUGCAAACUGCCUCGAACGUUACCGACCACUGGUCUGUGACUGACGACUGGGACGCCAAAAUCCAAGUACCACAACAAAUACCUCACGGCUCAAUUUCGUCUCUCACAUCCGCAAUUGAGCGAGCUGGUGCCAAUAAUACUCGCCCACUCAAAGCACUCUCCCAAACCCGGUUCCAAGGCCUAUGGUGGGGUGGAGAACGUAUUUGGGUGGACGACCUUGUUCGUCUCAAAUUGCCCCGCAGCUGUGUCGCUCCUGAGGGUUCGCAAUUCAUACUGGCGCCAUCCGGAACCGAUCCAACCAUCGCCGAUGAACAUGACGUCAGCCUCCGCUCUGUAUUUCUGAGAAUCGAUUCUCUAUUCGUCCUUGAAGGCAAACCACGGCAGGUGCGAGCGGCUGGAAUGCUAUAUGAGCUGGCGGACGAAAACUGGCGGGACCCCGACAAACCACAUUUACCGGAGGGUGUCUCCCCCCACACAGCAACCGCCAGCAGUUCCUGGAGAUGCAUCCCGCAAACCUAUGCCACUUCCACCGAAAGGAUUAUUAUUCCGACCUAUUGUCAAACCUGGACAUGA